CAGAGAGAUUGACAUGGGGGCACAAGAUCGUGACGCUGGAUGCUUUGGUCUCUCAGGAAGCUCGGGUCGCGUAGCCUUCCAAGGUCUGUUGCAGUAUCAGAGCAAAGACGGCACGUGGAAGGAGCGAUGGUUUAUCCUGGAUGUGGUCAAGUCAGCUCUGGUAAAGUGCAACACAAGGAACCACCUUCCAGCGGAAUCGUACGGUAGCGUGUUAGGUGGAGAUGUUCUGAUCGCAGACGCGAAGCCACUUUUAGAGGUGCACGCUGUCCCGAGCAGCAGUAGUCGAGCUGAGAAUCCUCCGGCUAUUGGCUUUGAAGUUACCACUCAUGCUGGAGUAAAGAUUAUCUUCCUUACCAAGUCCUUGAAAGAGCAAAAUUCGUGGUUGGCUGCCUUAAAUAAAAUCGCGAGUGGGUUGGCUUUGGGUGUAGCUGACCGACUGGCAGAUCGCGAGCUACUCGCUGGAAAAUUCUCGUUGGUACGUGAGCUCGGGCGAGGUGCAUCGGGUAUCGUUUCUCUCUACACGUGGCAAGGCAGGCCGUUCGCUAUUAAGAAAUUUGUUCCUCAGAAGAGCAAGGGCGUUCCAAAUCGUCGAGCUGUUCCUGUCGCUAGCGGCACACGGCCAUCCACUCAAGCCAGCCAGCCAAACGCGAUCCCUGACGAUGUUCGUCGAGAGGUGGCUCUGCUAAAGAAGGCCAGCAAUCUGCCCUAUGUCAUCCGUCUGCAUGACGUUAUCCUGGACACAGCGAAUAAGGAUUACUACUUGGUGAUGGAGUACAUGGGCGGUGGUGCAAUUGCUGAGUGGGAUGGCUCUCGUAAAUGCUACGUCAGUUCAAGAGCCAAGAGCGCUGCUAGCGGUAGUGCUUGUCUGUUGGACGAAAGUACAGUACGCACAUAUGUGACCAACCUCGUGCUUGCUAUCCAGGGACUUCAUCUGAACAACCUCGCUCAUCGUGAUAUCAAACCUGAGAAUCUGAUGGCGAAUGAGGAGCACACACUCUGCAAACUGGGGGAUCUUGGGGUCGCUCAUUACUUUAAAGAGGAGAACGGUGUGCUACACGAUGAAGAAGACGUCGAUGCAAUUGAGCUUUGGGAUAUCAAUCAGGUAUCUACGGGUAUAGAUGGAAGCAGACAGCAUCGUCGAGGUAUGAUUAAGUCAACGAAAGGCACGUACCAGUUCCUGCCGCCUGAGUCGCUUAAUGGAGACGCUUACUGCGCGUUCAAGGCAGACAUUUGGGCAAUUGGUGUGACAAUGUAUGCACUACUAUUCGGGUCACUCCCGUACUUCUCGAACGAUGUGAGUGAGCUGUUUGACAAGAUUGAGAACGAUCCUUUGGAGUUCCCAGCCUUGUGCGAAGACAGCGAAGCCAAGGACUUGCUAAAAGGGAUUUUGGAGAAAGACCCUGAGAAGCGCAUCACUCUCGAAGGCAUCUUACAGCACCGAUGGACACACCGCAACAUUGACUCGAAGAGUCUACGCAAACAAGUGAAUGCCCUCAAGCAAGCACCCAUACUCUCAAUUGAGGAUCACGAGCUGGGAGGCGCCGUGUCAGUACACCAGAGCCGAUUCCUGAGGAUGGCAGCCGCUAUUCGUCAUGACACUCUGAACGACCUGGCUACAGACACAGAUACUUCUUCUCCUCAAGACGGGGAAUACAAACCCAAUCCGAUUGAUACAAGGGAAACAAACCUUCCCCAGUGGUUUCAACCUCAUCGAGAGCUUGUGGCAGCCCACAUGCACUACGAUUGGUGUCGGGGCAAGUCGUUGGCUGGUUGGAAGCACGGUGACGUUCGAGAUGACGCACAUUUGGUGCAUCCUUUGAUGGUGCCCAUGCGAGCUCUGGACGACACUGCACGAGCCCGAAACUUUGCUUCUGUCGACGAGAUCAUCAAGUGCGUCGUUGCGCUGGGAGUUCAAGUUACUUAUCGUCGUCCGACGAAGCUGAAAACGAGAGAAGCUCCGUUCCCACUGAACCACGUCCAGCUGUCGUGGGAUAUCAUGGUACUCAUCGAUCUGCUGGCUGAAAACUCGCACGAGGUGUGGGCUACCGAGUAUGCAGCCAAAGGUUGGCGCUUUGGGACAGAAUUUGAUGAAGACGCCAAGACCCACCCGUCACUCAAGAGCUACAUGCUGCUGGACGAGCAUGACAAAACUCUAACGCGGGAAAGCGUGACGUCCGUGCUUAAGUCGUGCAUUUAUCUUGGCUGUAGGUUUUUAGUAUCGCGUAAAAGCUAGAACAAGGAACUGCAUUUUUUUUAAUUCUUUAUACAAAAAAAA